UAAACCAAGAUUCUGUUCUCGUGAGAACCCGAUGACAGUUCAGGAGCUCGUUCUCGCGGGAUUUUCUGAGUCAGGGCUGGAAGUUGCGGUGGGCGGUAAAGAGAGGCCCAAGUCUGAGAGGGAGGAUUAGGGUUCGACCUGCCUACCUGCUGUACUCUCUCGGCGGUGGACCCUGAAACGACUAGGUGAGCGCCGCCUUGUCAACCUUCCAGCGUCUUCCGGCUCUGCUGCUGCCUCGGAUGCCGCCAUCCCUUUUCCCUGGACCCCGCCGCAAACUGCACCUUCUCUCCCUGUGGCUCGAGCUCUAGGAGGGCGAUGUACGGAGGACGGCGGAAGGUGGUGGUGGCCGCGGUUAGGCCGUCUGCUCGCCUCCUCUUUGCGGUCCUCCGCGAUUUGUCUGGUGUCAAAAUUACCCAGGCUGCCAGGCCCGUCCCCCUUGCCAGAUGGAUCUCUCUGCCCCGAAGCCUCGCGCAGAAACCGCCGGCAAAGACAUAUGGCAUCCAGGAGAAAGAUGUCUUGUCCCUUCUCCAGAAAAUGAAAAACUUUGUGAAGCAAGCAUAAAAUCUAUCGUAGUAGAUGAAAAUGGGAAGUCAUUUGCAAUUGUCUUAUAUUCAGAUUUUCAAGAAAAGAAAGUACCUCUGAAAAAACUUCAAGAAGUAAAAUCUGUCAAAGAUUGCUCCCGGAAUUACAUAUUUGAUGAUGAAGAUUUAGAAAAACCUUAUUUCCCAGACCGAAAAUUUCCAUCAGCUGCUAUUGCAUUUCCAUUAUCUAAAGAUGGAGAGUCUAUUCCUUAUACUAUUAAUAGGUAUUUGAGAGACUAUCAAAGAGAAGGAGCCCAGUUUCUUUAUGGACACUUCAUCCAAGGAAGAGGGUGUAUUCUUGGUGAUGACAUGGGACUUGGAAAAACAGUACAGGUUAUUUCAUUUUUGGCUGCAGUUUUGCAUAAAAGGGGAACUCGUGAGGAUAUUGAAAAUAACAUGCCAGAAUUUUUACUAAGAAGUCUGAAAAAGGAGCCCCCUCUUUCUAUAUCAAAAAAGAUGUUCUUAAUAGUUGCUCCUCUUUCUGUCCUCUACAACUGGAGAGAUGAAUUGGACACCUGGGGAUAUUUCAGAGUCACUAUUUUACAUGGUAACAAAAAAGAUAAUGAACUGAUUCGUGUAAAGCAGAGGAAAUGUGAAGUUGCUCUAACAACUUAUGAAACACUGCGCUUAUGUCUGGAUGACCUUAACAGUUUGGAAUGGUCAGCUGUCAUUGUGGACGAAGCUCAUAGAAUCAAGAAUCCAAAGGCUAGAGUAACAGAAGUUAUGAAAGCUUUAAAAUGUAAUGUUCGCAUUGGCCUCACUGGAACCAUUCUUCAGAAUAACAUGAAAGAACUGUGGUGUGUUAUGGACUGGGCUGUGCCAGGACUUUUAGGUAGCAGGAUCCACUUCAAGAAGCAGUUUUCUGACCCAGUAGAACAUGGUCAGAGACACACAGCAACAAAAAGAGAACUAGCUACUGGCCGAAAAGCUAUGCAAAAGCUUGCAAAGAAGAUGUCUGGAUGGUUUCUCAGGCGUACCAAGACACUAAUCAAGGAUCAGUUGCCUAAGAAGGAAGACCGGAUAGUGUAUUGUUCUCUGACAGAUUUUCAGAAAGCUGUCUAUCAAACAGUAUUAGAAACAGAAGAUGUGAUUUUGAUACUUCAAUCUUCUGAGCCUUGUACCUGCAGUAGUGGCCGAAAAAGGAGAAAUUGUUGUUAUAAGACCAAUUCACGUGGUGAAACAGUGAAAACCUUGUAUUUCAGUUACCUUGCAGUUCUUCAGAAGGUAGCUAACCACGUCGCGCUACUGCAAGCUGCUAGUACCUCCAAACAACAGGAAACGAUUAUCAAAAGGAUAUGUGAUCAGGUAUUUUCCAGAUUCCCAGAUUAUGUGCAGAAAAGCAAAGAUGCAGCCUUUCAAACACUUUCUGACCCAAAAUACAGUGGAAAAAUGAAGGUCCUUGAGCAGCUUUUAAAUCAUUGCAGGAAAAACAAUGAUAAAGUUCUUCUUUUCUCCUUUUCUACCAAGUUGCUCGAUGUGCUGCAGCAGUACUGUAUGGCGUCUGGGCUUGAUUACCGACGUCUUGAUGGAAGUACAAAAUCAGAGGAAAGAAUCAAGAUUGUGAAAGAAUUCAAUAGUACACAAGAUGUUAACAUUUGCCUUGUCUCUACAAUGGCUGGUGGGCUAGGCCUCAAUUUUGUUGGUGCCAAUGUUGUUGUAUUGUUUGAUCCUACUUGGAAUCCAGCCAAUGAUCUUCAAGCCAUUGACAGAGCAUAUAGGAUUGGGCAGUGCAGGGAUGUCAAAGUGUUUAGGCUGAUAUCCUUGGGAACUGUGGAGGAGAUCAUGUAUUUACGACAAGUAUAUAAGCAGCAACUUCACUGUGUGGUGGUUGGAAGUGAAAAUGCCAAGCGGUAUUUUGAAGCAGUUCAAGGAUCAAAAGAGCAUCGAGGAGAGCUUUUUGGGGUCUAUAAUCUCUUCAAACUAAGAUCCCAAGGGUCUUGUCUUACGAGGGACAUCCUGGAGAGAGAAGGCCAAGUGGAAGCAGGGAUCAUGACAGCCACAACAUGGUUGAAAAAGGAACCUCCAGGACACAAACUAGAAACACCUAGAGAGCCUGACUGUCAAGAACACAGAGGUCCAGAACAACCUGCAGAACCUCUGGCAAAAGAAGUAUGUGAUCUCUGCAAUGAUUUUAGUGAUGAUGAAGCAGUGGAAAAUUCAAGAAUAAAGACUGCUAAAAACAAAGCAUCUGACUCAAGUAAAGCUUCAAGUUCUCUUGGACAGCUCACCUUACUCCAGUGUGGUUUCUCGAAAUUGCUUGAGACAAAAUGUAAAUCAGUUGAAGAUAGUGAUGAAAAUAUUACAUCUGAAGAUAAAAGUUCUGAUGAACAGCCCACCUGCCUUUCAACAGAAAACAAGGAUGCUGGUUGUCAGAAAAGUCAAGACUCUCUUGGUACUUCAAAACAUCAAACAUUAUCUAACAUUCUAAAUCCAAAUGAAAAAUGUAUUUUUGAUAAAAGUGAGAAGAUUUUAGAAGAGAAUGUUUCUUCUGCGUCUGAUGAUGAGAACAUUUUUAAAAAUACAGCUGACCACCAUUGCAUUUUACAGAAUGUCACAGAAUCGGAAGAUAGUGAUGUCAUCUUUCCCACACAAUAUACAACUCAGAAAUUCCCUGAGAAUAGUGUAAGGUUUAAGCCACCCAUGGAUGGAUCUAUAGAUUCUGAAACAGAAAACCCUGUAAAAAUAAGAAAUAAUGGUGAUGAUAGAAAGACCGAUGUCAGAGGAAAUGGACUAAUUUCAAAACAAUUAAAUCCUGAGAACAUGACCUCGAAAUCUGUUAUGAAAAGAAAAGGCAGUAGUGAUAUUAGUGAUGAGUCAGAUGACAUUGAAAUAUCCUCCAAGUCAAGAGUAAGAAAACAAAGAGCUACUAGUUCUUUGAGGUUUAAGAGAGAAAAAACAAUGAAGAAAGCAAACCAACUAUAUCCAACAGAUGAAGAUUGUAACUCUCAGACUAUUAAUGAAUUUUCAUCCUCAGAUGAUGAUUUUUCUGUUAGCCGUAUCAGUUUCUCUAAACAGAGACAUAGACCAAAAACUGUAAAAGAGAGAAUCGGUUUAUCUUCAAAAUUUCCUAACCAUAAGAAAAAUAGCACUGUCGUACCAAGAAAACCAGUGAAAUUUUCAAAUGAGAGUAUUGUCCAUCAAGAGCAGAUGUAUGAAUCAAUGGAUAAAUUUUUAGAUGGUGUUCGAGAAGUGGCUUACAUUCACUCAAACCAGAAUGUGAUUGGAUCAAGCAAAGCCGAAAAUCACAUGAGCCGAUGGGCUGCACGUGAUGUAUUUGAAUUGAAGCAAUUUUCCCAGCUUCCUGCUAACAUAGCUGUUUGUAUUUCUAAGACAAAUAAAGAAAAAAUGAAGGCAGAUACAUUGACACAUACAAAGAAAGGACAACAAUCAAGUGAAGGAGGCAUUUCAUGUCCCCUUUACAUUUCACACCCUGUGAGCCAGAAGAAGAAAAAAGUCUACCACACAGACCAGACAACCUUUAUACUUGGAGAAACACCAAAAGGGAUCCGCAGAAAACAAUUUGAAGAAAUGGCUAUUUAUUUCAAUUUGUCUUCUGUAAAAGAAUUUGCUAAACAUAUAACUAAUGCCACAUCAGAAGAACGACAGAAAAUGCUAAAAGACUUUUAUGCUUCUCAAUAUCCAGAAGUAAAGGAAUUUUUCGUGGAUUCUGCUACAGAAUUCAAUAAACCUGCCUACAAGGAAAGAAAGAGAGUCAGGAAUAAGUCUGAAAAGAGAGAGUCUUUUAUAAAAGAAAGGCUGCCAGAUUCUGAAACUUUGUCAUUUAAAGAUUCUACCAAAAAAACUCCUCAAAUUUGCAGCCCAAAAAUAUACAGGAAAAAAUCAAUUAAGUCUCAAAAUCAUGGUUUCCAUAGAGAAGAGGUAUUUUCUAAUGCUGUAGUAACUAAGAAAUUACCAAUAAGCUCUACCCAAGAGGCUGACAAUGGGAAAAACAGCCAAGUAUCCAAAGAUACUAUAGCAUCCAGUUCCCUAAACAGUAAGUCUGAAGCAUAUGAGAGAACGUUAGAAAAUACCAUGAAAGACCAGCAGGACCUCACAAGAACGGGCACUUCAAGAAAUGGAUCCCUUUUCAAAGUGGAAAACAAAAAGAUAGAAAAUCCAGCAUUAGAAAAUGCUUCUGUGGUAGGCUUACUUGGUGACACCUCUAUUCUCGAUGACCUCUUUAAAAGUCACGGGAAUAGUCCCACACAACUGCCAAAGAAAGUUCUUUCAGGGCCCAUGGAAAAAGCAAAACAGAGACCAAAAGAUUUCUGGGACAUCUUGAAUGAGCAGAAUGACGACAUUCUUAGUAAACUCACCAACUUGGCAGUGAUAGAGACUCUAUGUGAAAAAGUGCCCCCUGCUGCAUCCUCCAAAAGGAAAGAGGAACUGGAAACUUCUCUUUGGAAAUCAAAUGAGAACUUUUUGUGGAAAAAAUUUAAUUCAAGUGAUACAGAUGAAAACAUAGCUAAUACAUAAGACUGAUACAUAAAUGUGCAAAUGAACUACUGUACCAAUGAACUUCUACCAUCAAUAUUUAUAACACUGUAUUCCACACUAAUUAUGGUAACUUGAACACACUUGUCAACAAAUAUUUUUAUUAAACUCUUGCUCUAGGGUUAUUAUUUUAAGUCUAAAAUGUUAUCAUGUAUUUAUUCUCCUUGAUAUCUUAAUUGAUCUUUUUAAAAAGUGAUUUUAUUGUAGUAUAAACCUUUGUUAUGGAAUGGAAAAGAUUCUAUAUUAGGAGACCUGGACAUCUGUCUUACUGAGUAAUUAUGUGACCUCAGAUAAGUCACUUACCCUGGUGUACAGCUGUUUCCUAAUAUGGAAGAUGAAGGGUUUGAACUUGAUCAACGUGAGUAUCCUAUUUUAAAAAGCUUUGGUUCACUCUUCUGGAUUCCAUUAAAUCAUAGGCCAGAUUAUAUUCACCCUCCAAAUCAGGUGUACAUUGAUGUGCUUCUUACAAACAUUUGGGAAAUUUUAACUCUUCUUUUUCCCUCAAUAUCGUGUACUACUACUAUUAAAUUAUUUUAGAUGACAGUAAUUACUAGAACUGAAUAUAUAGUAUUAAAAUAGUAAGUUUAUAACUGCUUAAAAUCAAAGGGUAAAUGUCGUAUAACUACCACAUGAGAUAUGAUGCUGAAGUAAUAUAAUUACUACUUCUACCACAGAACGCCAGUGUCUCAGCUUUUUAUACAACUGUCAUGUUUUGAUCAAUACAGGUAAAGCUUUUAUAGUACUUUUGUAUUUCUUAAGUAUAAAGAAAUGAUUAAAUAGUUCAUUUUAUUUGAUACUUAUAUUUUGUUGAAUUUAUAUGGUUUAUAACCAAUGGAAUAUGUUCAUUGUUGAAUUCAUCUAUUUGGAAAUAUUCACUCAGCCUCUGUGUAUACUAUGCUAGGAGCUUGAGAUGUCCAGGUGUGGCACUGCUACAGAUAAAAGAAAGGAAACCCUAUCUGUAAAGAGUCACGUCUGUAGCCCCUGGCCUCAUGCCUGGCACAUGGUAGCAGGCACCUGCGGCUUCUCCUGACCCACAUUCGGAUGUUGCUGUAGAAACUUUCACUCAGUUGAGCUCAUGGGGCUAUGACAGGAGGAAGUGUCCAGUAGUUAGCUGUGAACCAGGAAAUGGUGGUGCUCAGAGAUCAUUGUUAUUGUGUUGAGGAGAGAGGGACUUCAUAGGACUCAGGAUGAGGAGCCGUUGCCCAGAAAUGAAAAAAAAAAAAAGAAGAAAGAAAUCUUUUUUCAAGGGACUGAAUGGCCAAGUAUGUUUUUCACUAGGGCAAUACUGAGGGCUAUGAAAUAUACUUUAUAUCAUGACCCAGUAUGUUUAUGAAAUAAUAUGUACUCUUAAGGCAUGCAACACGCUUUGAUAUUUUAUCUUCUAUUAUACUUUUGACUCUUGUGCGUGUAUAUUUUUUAAUGUUCUCACAACUCACUAAAUUGAUUUCAUAACUCACUAAUGAUUGGGAACCACAGUUUCAAAAUCACUGUUUUAAGUUAUAUAGAGUUUUUCUUUUCUUUCUUUCUUUUUUUUUUUUUUUUUUUGCUACAUAAAGCCAAGUUAUGUCCAGACUUAUCAGAUGCUACAUUUCACCACUGAAGUGCUUGCUACAAAAUGAAUGUGUUGUGCAGUAUGUGGUAGCCUUGACAUAUAAACGUUGUUAGCCCGCUGUGUAACCAGCUGUUCAGGGAACUUGGAUAAGCACAGAGAUACCUCUUCAUCUUUGUUUAUAUACCAGACAACAGAGUUCAGACAUUUUAAUAAAAGCGUAUCUUUCAUAAAAAUAAAAUACCUUUUGAAUUUUUUACAUAGACAUGACCUUAGAAUCAUCAAAUAUUCAUACAAAUAUUAACUCUAUACUCUUCAUCUAUAAUGAAGUACUAGUAAAGAGAUUUUUAUCAGUGAUAGUCAAAAUGGGAGCAAAAAGUACAGACUUGGAGUUUAAAAUUACUUUCCAGCAGUUGUCAGUGAAACGUUUGUCAUUAUUAUCAUGCAGGAACAGUGUGCCAAGCAGAGUACAGGGUCCAGUAUGAAAGGGAGCCAGUCAGUAAGGGUUGACUUUCUCUGCAGUGAAGUACUGGAAAGAUUUGGUUCAGCCAUUGAUGAAUCUGGGAACAGACACUCUGAAGAGUGGACAGAGACAGUAAGAAACCUUCCACCCCACUCCAAUAGUGUUGUGCCACCAAGUUCUGCCAACGAAAUAGGUGGUCUCCGGCAAAUUCCAGGGCUUCUUUCAGCCCCAGUUUCCCCUUUGCAUUUAAAAUGGACUGGAUCAGUGGUCUUCAAGCACUUUUUUUUUUUUUUAAAGCAAUUGAACUCUAAUUGGGAAGCUCAAUUAUUUAAAGCAAUUAAAAUGGAGGUCUAUUGGUUCAAGCAGUAGUGCUAUGGCUCCAUGGAGCACGAGUUUGAAAAUCCUCAGCGAUGAGAUUAUUACUUAAAAAAAACUUCCACAUUCAAGUUUUAUGAGUGUUUUUGACAUAAUCUGUCUUUUUAAAUUCUCUUUAAAGCAAUGAUACAGUUCCUGGCUGCUAGCACUCAACACAGUUAUUAAUAUCGGAAACUGAGGCAAGAUAUUGAGAGACGUUUGCACUUGAAUUCCUCAGGGUUCCCUAAAUCCCCGAAACUGUUUCUUAGAGUACAUUAACAACAUCUGCAAGUGGUAUGGAUGUCCCUAAGGGUUCAAGGCAAAGAAGUCUUAGCUUGCAGAGAUUAGUUGGUGAUAAACUUAUCAGUCCACAGAAAAUGAGAAAGCUAAGGGCAAUGUAAGGUUGUUUUCAAAGUUCAAUGUGUGCAGUUUUUAAAUUCUGAAGUUAUCCUUCCUUUCUGAUAUUAAAAUAGCCCUCUUUUAAUAAAAUGAUAAUAGAU